CGAACACUUGACGCUGCUCAUUUACGGCUGAGGAGAGCAACGCGUCGCCAUAAGUGGGCCUAUGGCGAAAGUACGACCCCCAGUUGAGAAACCCAUAGAAUAUGGAAACGCCGGUGAAUUCUGGGUUGAAUACCCCUCAGGGCUUGUGGAUUUGACCAGGGCCAGUCAUCUACCGAGCAGUGCGUCGGAUGCAGCAACCCCGCCUCCCUUAACCCAGGAGUUCCUCGAGUUUCCCGUGGACGGGCAACGAACCCUCAGGAUCGACAAGAAGUCAAGUGCCAUUGUCAUUAUUGACAUGCAGAAGAAUUGGGGACUUACGGAACAUGAGUUGAAGACCAUACCUCCCUCCCUGGUCAGAGGGUUCAUGAAAAGCGGCAAGGGGGGCUUCGGUGCAGAUUUAGGACGCGACUGGGGUAGACUCUUGAUGAGGGACCAGCGCAAUGCCGAACUUUACGGGCCCCUCCAGCAGGAAUACAUGAAGAACAAGGACGCAGGAACGGACAUCUGGAUCCACAAGAACAGGAUGAGUGCCAUAUGGGGCUACCAGACCGCGCUCGAUCUGUACCUCAAGGAGAAUGGCAUCACGACCCUGUUCUUCUCGGGUGUGAAUGCUGACCAGUGCGUCCUCGGCACAAUCGUAGACGCAUAUUAUCGAGGAUACGACUGUAUCGUCGUCGAAGAUACGGUGGCCACCACCUCGCCACAAGGAGGACUCGAAAAUGUGAUCUAUAACUCCGGAAACAGUUAUGGAUUCGUGACAGACUCCACGAGACUCGUCAACGCCAUAUCAAAUUCAGCUUGA